AUGAGGCCGAAGGAUGACACACCUCACCCGUGUACUGGCCGCACCCUACGUGCACCACCCUCCACAGAUAUCAUGACCCAGAUCGCUCAUUGCGACCCAAUACCAGAGGAAAUGCAGAAUCCGGAGGUCACGCCGACUGCCAACAUCGUCCUUACGCCGACACCAGCAGAAGGGUUCCCUAAGACCUACGGGAAUAUCCCGUACUUCUUCUUCGAGAAUCUCGUGGCUGACCUCUUCAACACAUGGUGUGCCAAUGACAUUACGCAUGUCGCUAUCAUGCCCAUAGGUGCAAGUGCAAAUGACAGAGUUCUACAGCCCUAUCUAACAUCCAAGAUCUGUAUGACCCUACAAUGUCUCCACAACAUCCGUGAAAUCAUACUGGCCAACCCGCGUGCAACCCAGAUGAGCAAUAUUAUGAACCAAGUGCCCUUUGCCUUCAUUGCCAUCAACAUCACGGAAGAGCAGAAGAACGAGAUCCUAGCCCAAUAUGCUACUCCACUCCGGAGGUAUCCUUUAUCGCGCUCGACAUCAUGUGGAAGCUACCACAGUACAUAUGCACCUUCACCAGUUUCUUCAACCACUCCUUUGACGAUAUCCCAGCCCGGAUCUACAAAUGCAUCAUGA